AUGAAAGAGCUAGCAAUUGUUGACAAGAAAUCUAAGAAAUGUAUCCCACGAGCUAGUACUGAUAAUCUAGUUGAAGUGAGACUACAGUCUACAGGGUUUGUAGUCGAUUUGGGAAUACAUAGUUGUACUUGUGGCUAUUGGGAUUUGAGUGGAAUCCCUUGCAUUCAUGCACUUUCUGCAAUAGCACAUUCGAGAUUACAUGUUGAGGAUUUUGUGCAUCAUUACUAUCAUGUCUCGACGGUGAGGAAGGCAUAUGCCGAGGGCAUUCCGUGCUUGGUGGGUUCACAAGCAUGGCCUAAUGCUGAAGGGUAUCUGAUACAUCCUCAAAUAACAAGAGCAAUGCCGGGUCGGCCUAAGAAGAAAAGAAGCCAGUGA